AGAUAACGCUUCAACCGCAAGUCCCAAAAUAGCAUGGGCAGGGCGGCCAUGGAAAAAUGAAGCUACCAUGAACUGCUGCGAUGGCGACAGAUCCACCUAUAACGCAACAAAUAACGAAGGAUCAUCGAGAGAUCAAGAGACCACCCGUAAAUGUUCGUCUUGAGGAUGUAGAGGACUGUUUGAUUUAUGACCGACAUGGAGUCUCAACUUUCUUCAAAGAGUUAUACCAAGACAGGAAAUCAGUCGUUAUUUUUGUUCGGAAUUUCUUGUGCCACACCUGCAAAGAAUAUGUGGAUGAUUUGAGCAGAAUACCCGCGGAAGUUCUAAAGGAAGCUGGUCUCAGACUGGUUGUUAUUGGACAAUCAUCUCAUCAUCAUAUUGAGUCAUUCUGCUCACUGACUGGCUACCCUCAUGACAUAUACGUCGACCCAGAGAGAUGCAUAUACAAAAGACUGGGGAUGAGGAGAGGAGAGAUGUCUGUGGAAUCAGCCAAACCUAGCCCUCAUGUGAAGUCAGGUAUGCUGGUGGGCCAUAUGAAGAGCAUGUGGAGGGCCAUGACCAGCCCUAUAUUUGACUUCCAGGGAGAUCCUCGACAGCAGGGUGGAGCCAUAAUCGUUGGCCCAGGCUCUGAGGUCCAUUUUGCCCAUUUUGAUAUGAACCGGCUGGACCACAUGCCCAUCAACUGGUUGCUACAGCUGUCCGGAGUACAACACACACUGGACCUCAGUGAUAAGCCAAAGAUCAUUGUUGUGUAGCCCACUUGUGUAUCCUGGUUUGUUUUUGUGCCAUGAUGAAAACAUUAAUCUCAUGUCAAUAGUAAAAAAAUGUUUUGAAUACAAAAAACAGUCAGCCACCCAGGCUUGACACUGUGUUGGAGAUGCAUGCUUAAUUGUCUGAUUAUAAUCAUGUACAUAAAAAAAUACUUUCUUUUUCA